GCCAUCAGUGCCCAAGGUCAUGGAGGCUCUCAGGUGAAAUGGAGAAUCCCAUUUCUCCUCCUUUGGAAAUAAAUAGAUAAAGUGGUGGUUAGAGUGCAGUUGGCCACAGGCAAAGAUCAGCAGAUAUAUAAAAGCUUGUUUAAGUUAAUGUUUUACAAUGGAAGCCACAUAUAAAUACAGCUGUAGAGAAAGGAGAGAUGAAGGAGGAAAGGAUGGAAAGAGAGAACAGACAAGAGACAGCAGUGGCUGCAGUGGCAGCUUUUUACAGGGGGUUUGAUCCUGAAGCGUACCUGAAGUACAAUUAUACACCUCCCCGAGCAGACUUCAGCCGAAGUGACAGCAUUGUACCAUGGAAGUUAAACUGCCUUCAUAAAGCUUUCAAAGAAGAUGCCAUUAAAGGAGACAUACUGGUGGAUAUUGGUUCCGGUCCAACUCUAUAUCAGGUGAUGAGCGGCUGUGAGCAUUUUAAUCGAGUCAUAUUAUCUGAUUUUUUGGAAGUGAAUCGGAGUGAAUUAAAGAAAUGGCUCAAGGAUGGACAGAGCAACUUUGAUUGGACCCCUUACCUGAAACAUGUGUGUGAGCUGGAGGGACGCAGUUCCUCAGCAUGGCAAGAGAAAGCAGAGAGGCUUCGUUCAGUGGUAACAGACAUUUUUCCAGUUAACGUUCACCACCCGUUUCCAUUCCCACCCGGAUCUUUGCCUGCUUCCAGCGCUGACUGCCUCGUGUCCUCGUUCUGCUUAGAAAGUGUGAGUCCUGACAUUUCCUCAUUCACUCAGGCACUACGCAACCUGUCCAGCCUCCUGCGUAGUGGCGGUUAUCUCCUGCUCAUUGGAGCUCUGGGGGAGAGCUUUUACAUGGCAGCUCCUGAUGUUCGUAUCCCAGUUGUGCCGCUGGAUGAGGCUCAGGUCUGUGCGAGUCUGAGCGUCACUGGCUUCGAUCUCCUGCAGCUGAGUGUAUAUCGAUUAAUACCAGACAUGCUGGUCGGGGUGGAUGACGUCAAAGGCGUGUUCUUCGCUAAAGCCAGGAAACCAUAAAACAAUUAUCUAUAACUAAGCUUCGACUGAAGAAACAAGAUAUUUUAUGUAAAAUUCAUGGGAAAUAAAUAAACUUAACCUUUUAUCUGAAGUGUCUGAUCUAACAAAGCCGGAAAAUUGUAAAAUCUGGAUUCAGUAAUGAAAAUUUGAUCGAAGAAGCAAUUUAUUGUGCAUUGGUGUUUCUCUAAUUGAAAGUUAUUUUUGUGAC